GUCCGCCUUCCAACAGCAAUGUCCAGCAUGCCCGACAAACGCAAACCGUCUAUUUCAGCAUCUGGUGCUUCGCCUUAUGCGAAACGAUCUCGCGCCUCGUACGCCGACGAGGAAGAUGAAGAGGAGACGCCGCGGACGGUAACGCCUUACGAGCGCCCUCGCAACCACCCCGUUUAUGGACAGAAAAGCGCCUUUCCCGGCCUCGACACCGCCGGCGAUGACGAGCUGUUCUACGGACCGGCGGAAGAUGGAUUGGAAUAUCUGCGAAUGGUCCGAUCCGAAGCCAACUCCCUCCCUUUUCUUUUCAAUGCGCCCACAGCCACGACCUCGAUCGCAGCAGAGACUACGAACCCUGAUGUCAGCACAGACACGACGAACCAAACAGAGCAGCCACAUCCUCAAGCCACCGCUACUACUACUGCCGUAAAUGCUACCACCACAACUACCACCACAACCUCUCCCCUCACUCUCCGCGAGGGAAUCUACCAAGACGGCGUCUAUUUUGUCCCCACCACCAACAACAGCAAACCCCCCACCGGCCCUUCAACGACCACACCACCAUCAUCCCACCACCAACAACCCUCCGACCUGGAAAUCCUCCCCGCCCAAUCAACAUAUUACACCCUCCUGCACCACCGCUUCCUCCUCCUCCGCUCCAUCCUGAAAUGCACCCCGCCGCCCGACGCCAUCGCCGCGCUGGACCACGACCACCCGAUCUCGCUCCCGCGGCACUCCCGGAAUGCGCGCCGCGAGUGGCGCCGGUUGCUGCUGGCGGUGGACCCGCAGACGGUGCAGCUGGCGUGCAUGGACAUGGAGAGCGUGCUCGGCGUGCUGGGGAUUAUGGCUCGGGUGAUGUCGGAGAAUGUGCGCAGCGGGGACGAGGCCAAGGUCCGGCGGAUCGCGGCGUGGGCGUGGGGCUUGCUGGCGCGGUGUCGGGAGGUGGGCCAGUUGGGGACGGAGGAGGUGGGCGAGAUUCGGGAUUUGGGGAAGAGGGCGGUUAGGGUUUUGGGGAGGAUGAGGGAGGUGGAGGGGGGAGAUGGGAGGAAGGGGGGUGGUGAGGAGGAGGAGGAGGAUGGAGAGGGGGAGGAGGAAGGAGAGGGAGAGGGAGAGGGAGAGGGUUCUGGUACAGGCAAUGGGGUCGAGGGUGAUCUGGAGAUGCGGGAUGCAGAUGUAGACGUAGAUGCCAAUGCGGAUGCGGAUGCUGACGCUGACGCAAAAGCUGCCAAGGCACGGUUACAGGCGAGUCUUGGAGCCGAUGGCGCCGCUGAUGUUGAGGUACCGAACGACGAUGCAAACGGCAACAGCGCUGCGUCGGAGGUGGCACUGCAAAUUCGCGCGAUGUUGGAUAUGGUCAUUACGGUGGUUGGAGAGUACUACGGCCAGCGGGACUUGUUGCAGGCGCGCGACAUCUCCACCACCUCGCCCCCCUUCACAAUCUACAACAUCACCCUCCGCCUCCCCCUCCGCUCCUUCACCAUCUCCAAACGCUACUCCGACUUCACCACCUUCCACACGACCCUGCUCAACCAAACCAACGCCGCGCCCCCAGCUCCUCUGCCACCCAAAUCCUGGCUCUCCUCGACCGUCAAGAACGCGACCCUCCGCGAAUCCCGCCGCCAAGCCCUAGAAACCUACCUCCGGGCCAUCAACGAAGCCGCCGACCCGCGAUGGCGCAAUUCGCCCGCCUGGCGCGCAUUCCUCAACCUUCCGAGCCUGGGCCCUAACGCCAACUCCCUCAACGAUCAUCACAGCAGCAACAGCAGCACGACGAGCGCGCGACUCCACGCCGCCAUCACGGACCCGGGCAGCAUCACGUCGCUGACCGGGGACGCUCCGAACAACACCAUCACGGACCCGACCCUGUGGCUCGACUGCUACCGCGACAUGAAGGGUCACCUGCACGACGCGCGGCUGCACCUGACCCGGCGCGACCAGGAGACCACGCCGCAGCGGCAGCACGAGAGCUCGGCGCGGGCGAAGAGCAGUCUUGUGCGCGCGGGGUCGCUGAUCGCGGCGCUGGAGGCGGGCCUCAAGAACUUUUCCACCACCACCGGCCAUUCUUCCGGGGAAGGCUCACACCCCCGCCUCGGCGACGGCGAGCUCCGCCGCCGCCGUGACCUGCUCAUCAACGCGCGCAAGGAAAAGGACGGGCUGGAGGAUCUGCUGAACGCGAUGGCCGCCAAGAGCCGCAUCGACUCCGCCGUGGCGUCCAUCCAGGACAAGGAGGCGCUGAUGAAUCUCCCGGUCAAGGGGAAGAAGGCGGUGCGGGCGGCCGGGCGCGUGCUCGGGCGCGAGACGGAGCGCACCCGCGAGCUGGAUAAUACCGGGGUGCUGCAACUCCAGAAGCAGAUGAUGCAGGAUCAGGAUGGCGCCGUCGACGAGUUGAUGCGCAUCGUGCAGCGGCAGAAGGAGCUGGGCGUCGCGAUUAAUAAUGAGUUGGUCGUGCAGAAUGAGUUGCUCAAGUUGACGGAUGAGGAUGCUACGAGGUUGGGCGAUAAGAUUGAUAUUGGGAAGAAGAGGAUUGGGAGGAUCUCUUGAGUUCACUGAGUUGAGUUGGUUUGAUAUGGUGAUGGAUUAUGGUGGAGUUGGGCUCGAGGGCUUUGUGAGUCUUUUCCAUCAGGUUCUGGAUCUGGGCUUUCGCAUGGUGAAUACCUUUGCAUAUGCAUGGCUUUUAUAUGUCAUUUGUCUUGUCUGUUUUAGCGGAUCUUGUUUCUGGUUGUUAUUGUUGCCGUUGUCUUGAUAGCGAUGACUUUCAUAUCGUCUACGUGUACUGUACCAAUGUAGUAAGCACCCGGCGCGCAUGACAUUCAUGUGGUAUGACAUGUUCGAUGAAUUCAUUUGUGGAGUUUUCGUCCAAUCUGGACCUGCCCUAAUCGGCAGCAGCACUGGCAGACAUAAACGCUUUGGCUUCUUCCUCCGUCACCUCUGACUGAUCCGACUGCAGCCGGUCG